AUGGCAUCCCAAAUUUAUCCACCUGGCUUCGGGGAUGAAGAAGCGCAAGGAGGUGGUGCAGAUUGGUGGGAAGGAAAUCAGCUAGAUGGCGGAGAUGAAGGGCCAGGGCCAGCAAAUAUGAAUGCAGGUACUGAUAUGGGCAACGGGAAUAAUAUGGGAACGAAUAAUAAUGGCAAUAAUGGCAAUAAUGGCAAUAAGCCACCUCCCCGCCCUCAAAAUUCAAACAGCCCUCCCUCGACCACCAAUCCUCCAGCUACGACUAGUAGCUAUGAAACCGCGAUAUCUACAAACACUAUUGCCACCAGUACUGCUGCUGCGUCAACUACCACAUUUCCAUCUUCAUCAUCAUCAUCAUCAGCAUCAUAUAUAUCCUCUACAUCUAUAAGUACCAAUACCACUAGUACAGACGAUACUUCAACUUCAACGUCAUCUUCAUCGUCUUUUUCCACACCUACGCCGACAAUCACAGCUACAAGCUCCAACCCCUCAACAUUUCUUGCACCAACCACCUCAACUUCAUCCACCUCCGCCACCUCCACCACCACAUCCUCUUCCACGAUUGCCGCGACUCCCCUUUCCAACACUGGAUCCGGCACCCAAUCAGUCGGCGUCACCGUCCUCCCGUCCGCAACCUCAACUCAGCACGGCCUGAGCAAAGGCUCCAUCGCCGGUAUCAUAAUCGGGUCACUAGCCCUCUUAGCUCUCAUUCUAACAACAAUAUGGUAUUUCCUCCGGCACAAGAAGAAGAAUAAACAGCACCGGAAAAGUAUCGGCGGAUUCGGUGUUGUCGAAUGGAAUGGUGGUGGAGCGGGAGGCGAUAUGACACAAGUUAGCGAAUCACCUUCCUACGACGGCAAAAUUAUUGCUGGGAUGGGAGUACAGAGAACCCUAACAUGGAACACCAUGCGGAGUCUCACUGGUGCUCGCACUCGCGCUGGUAGUUCCAUUUCCCAAACUCCUUCUACAUCUUCAACAGCAUCUCAAUCUACGCUACAAAAUCCCUUUACAGAUCAACCCCAACUCUCUUCCUUUUCCUUUCCGUUCUCUCCCUCGCCACAACAACCAAAACCCCCUAAUCACCCAACCUCAAAUGUAACGACAAUCGAAGAAGGACCUCAUGAAGACAUAGUCGAUUUCGGCGACUCGAUAGAUUGGAUACGUAAGCGAGAUCGCAUGCGAGAUAGAGAAAGGAGUGGAUUGAGAGGUCCGAAUCUGGGAAGUGGGGUGGGAGAAGGAAAACCGGAUUGGAGAUAUUCGGUCAGAGUCAAUGGGGGUGGGAAUAAUCUUUAA